CACAGAAAUCAGUGAUUGGGUUUUGCUAACUUUAGCUGCUGUCAUGGACUGUUCCUCUGGCGUCGGAGAUUCAAACUGUUCGACGGAGCCUCGCGGGGGGAAGGAGUCGGGGGCUUGAAGACGGACGCGGAGAACGGACCACAGUCAAAAUGAGUGUAUCUGAGCAGCGGGACAGCAGGACGUCCAGUAGAGGGGAAGUGGCGGUGGAAGAACAAGAGGAGGAGGGUGAGAAGAGAAUUCAGGAGGACAGCCCUCUAUUGGCCCUUGCACCUGACGCUUCGCUCCCAGAAGAGCAGCCGUCUGCCAGCACAGAUGUUUCUGCUAGUCCCGUUUUCCAGUGCCUUGAUGAGUUGUUGUCAUUGGGCAAGAUCAGCCAGACCAAAGUAGAAAGACUGAAAGCCAGCUACAGGAUACUUCACGACACUCUGCAGCGCACCCAGGACUGUGAGCUCCAGCGUUUGGGAGAGGCUAAGACGUGUCGUGCUGAGCUGGAGAGGCUGCACGCGGUGUUGGAGAGAGCAGAGGAGCAGAGCACCUCGGAGGAGCCGGAAAGUGAGGUCAAAGAACUGAGGCAACAGCUCCUUCAGGCAUACAAUGAGCUGAAAGCUGCUGAGAACACAGAGUACAGGACACAACACCAGCUGACGUGCCUCCGGGAGGAGAAGCAGUACCUGGAGAAAGAGAGUGAGAUUCAGCUGAAACCCCCUGAGCUGGAAUGUAGAUCGAAAGCCCUGCAGGACAAAUAUGAGGAUCUGAGGAAAGAGGUGGCUCAGAGACAACUGGAAGUCAGAAGUCUCAGGGAAGAUGUGGAAACCCAUGAAACUCAAAUACUGAGGGAACAGAAAGAGCUGGAGGACCAGAAGGAGAUCAUAGAGCUCAAAGAGGCUGAGAAAGCCCGGCUCAUCAGUGUACCUGACCAGAUUGUGGAGAAGAUUAAAAGGAAACGCUCUAAGAGGGAAGCUGCGUUGAAGAAGACGGACGCACUAAACACAGAGAUUUCGGAAAUGGAGAAGCAAGUGGAGAAGGUGGAAGUGCGAAACCACUCCCUCAGGGUGAAGAAGGAGGAGGCAAUGCAGAAGCUGGAGGCCCUCCAGGCCCGAGUAGAGGCCAGUCAGACGGAGUGCAGACAGCUGCUGAGAGAACAGGAGGUCAACAGGGAGGAGGAGGCGGAAUUAGUCGGGAACAGAGGCCUCCUGGAAAUGAAGCUGCAGAACGUCAUGUGUGACAGGAAGCACCUGUAUGAGAGCCACUCAGUGCAGCUCAGGGAGAAAACUAGGCAGAUGCAAGCCCUCAAGAGGAUGGAGCAGGCAAUGACCAUGGCCACUGAGCAGCAAGAACACAUGCAAUCGAUCUACGAUGACGUACAGGCACAGUUAGAUGCUGUUCCCAGUAGAGAGGCCAGUGUUCAGCAGAGGAUGGAGCUUCAAAAGGAGGUGGACGCACUUAAAGUCGGCUUGGAGAAAAAGCUUUCCGUGGCUGAGGAGGAGGGCCAGAAAAAGCAGCAGUAUGGGAUGAUUCAGGAGCUGCUCAAGGAGUCGAACCAUCUCAGAGAGGAACUCCAUCACCUCAGAUGUCUGACCCAGAUCAAAGCCGAGGAGAGGGGCCAGAAGCACCGUGAACUGCUUAGGGCUGAGCAACUGCACCAGCUCCUCCAGCACGAGCUGCGGGAAAAAGACCUGAUCAUCAUGGACCACAACAAGCUGAAUACGAUGCUACAGCGCAGAAUAUCACAGUAUUCUAAACUGUGCGACAUAAUUAUGGAAGAGAAGAAAAAGUACGUCAAGCUGAAGCAGAUCGCCUCGCAGACUAUCACAGAGCUGACAGAGCAGCUUAAGAUCCUGGCAAACGAGACCGAGAUCCAGCGCACCAUUGUCGUCAACAAGGACAGAUCGCUCACCAAGGCUCGUAUGAAGCUCUCUAACAGCUCCAAAAUGAGGGACAGACUGCGUAACGGCAUCUCCAAGGUUGCAUGGAAGCACCGUCAGAUCAGUCAGCAGAGUGACGACGACAAACUGGAGCUGGUGAAGCUCACACAAAUGAUCAACUUCCAGGAGCAGGCGCUCCUUGAGAUGAACAAGAAUCACGAGACUGCCGUGCAGCGCCGCAAUUUUUUGGGCAUUCAGCUCCUGGAACAUGAGGAAGUGUUGUUCAACUACCACGGGAAGGUGAAUGUCCAAGAGGCGGCCAUCUCCAAGGGCAAUGUGGUGCUGGAGACAAUGGAGAAGGAGACAAGAGACUUGCAGUCGGCCAUUAAGGAGGAAAAGAGACAGAUAGACCUAAAGAAGAAGAAGGAGUUGCCCCUCAAGAGAAAGCUGGAGGGAGAGAUUUCCAUGUUGCAGAUAGAGCUGUCAGAAGCCAGGGACAAGACACUCGAGUGUCUGAGUCAAACGGUGGAUUACAAAGAGAUUAAAGGCAGCGACCCUUCAACUGUAGAACUGGUCAAGAAAAUUGAGCAGCUCGAGGUGAAACUAGCUGAGCGCGAGAGGCAGCUGCUGGAAAAAACACUCCUGGUGGACCAGGUGACCCGGCUCUCAAAGCCGCUCAGCGAGCAGGCUGAGAGCUGCCGACAGGACAGACUCUCGCUGGGACAGAAGCUGAACAACCUCCGAACUCAUACCAUCAACACCAACCGCAGACUAAUGGCCAUUUCUGCCGAGCUUUCCGUGAAGCAAGCUGUUGCUUUGUCCCAACAGCAAGAGAUCAAAGAGAAAGAGCUCCAGAUGGACAGGUGCCAGCGGCGGCUGGAGCAUGGCCUGCCACCUUGCCCCGAGAUGGAGGAGGAGUGGAGGAGAAUGCUCCGGGACAAGAAGAGGAGGCAGAGGGACAAAGAGGAGAAAGAAAGGCUGGCUGAAGAAGAAGAGUGGACCCAGUUGUCUAACGGAGAGUACACCACGGCUGAAACCCGUCCCAAUGCGUACAUCCCCCAGACCGACUCGCUCCCUCUGCCCAAACCCUACGGAGCCCAGGCCCCCUUCAAACCCUCCCAACCGGGAGCCAACAUGAGACACAUCCGCAAACCCACACUCAAGCCCUUAGAGAUUUAGGAAACAACACUUGUGCAACAUUGAGAGUACCGAGUGUUGGCCUGGGGCGGAUUCUGAAAUCAAAAUCCACUCAUUUCACAAAAGUUUCCUUCAGAGAUAUAUAGGGAUUCAGCAGAAAUGAUUCAGUAUAUUUUCUUGGGCAUUCACUUAUCUGCUUCUUGUUGUGUGCUUUCUAUCCAGCAUACCACUGCUGUUUUGUCGUGUGUGUGUGUACUUGUAGACUGUGUCUGGUUGUAAUUUUGUUCCUUUUUUUUUUUUAACUUUUACCGGCAAGAGUCUGAUUACAGUAACAACAAGUGCUGUGGAAAACAGGAAAUGCUGGAGAUUAAAUGUGUGUUCUUGUCCACCAAUAAAAGGUUUGGUAUCGGUUACUCUA